AUGAAUGAGGUUCAGCCCCAGGAUGGGAUUUUUUGUCCUGUGUUUCAGGUGAUAUACCCCGGAGAUGCAGUUCUGAGCACUCAGGAAAAAACAAAUAUCUGUUAUUUGGCGUUUCCAGACUCCAACAGUGGUAAUACUAAGGAUACGAAUUUCCAUUUCCGCAUAAGAAGGGGAACGACUGAAAUCACUGCCUCGCAAAGAGCUCUUUUGGAGUGCUCCGCCCAUGCAGCAUCAUUUGAUCCCAACUACCUUUAUGGUUUUGUGCAUUUUCGUCAGCAAAAAGACGCUUCUAUUCAUCGUGGGUACUACCAGAAGAGCCUUGUAUUGAUAACGAUUCUACCAUUUUUCAAUCUCUUCUCUCUAGUUAUUGAGAAAAUCGCUCUGCAGUUCUUCCAGAAUGGCGAACCUGCUAUUGAAGCUGCAUGUCACGACAUGGAUCAAUGGCCGUCACCUUGUGUAGGCGAGCCGCUCUCAUUGCCCUUGUUAGGCUCUCUUCUUCGGAUCCGUAUUCCCUGCAGAAACGACUUACCAUUGGACUUUCGCCUGGUCCCAACUUUGAAAGAUAUCACUGGCACUAAUGUGGACACAGUGAUUUUGACAUCGGUUCAUCAAGUCGAUAUGUACAAGGCACUUCAUACAGUUAUUAAUCAUCUUCAAUUGUUGUGGGAGCUGGUAUUACUGGGAGAGCCUCUGCUGGUUAUGGCUAACACCCCACAACGCUGUUCCUCUAUAGUACAGGCAUUGUCUCGCUAUUGCUGCUCUGAAAUAUCACAACGAUUUCCGCCCAUUCUUUACGAUUCAUGA